GCCGGCGAUCCGGCAGGCAGCUCAAAGCCGCCCUAUUCCCGUCCCAUGCCUCCUCGGACAGAAUUUGCAUCGUUGGGCGUGUUCAUUCAGUCUGGAAUGACCGAGAAGGCUUGGUAUAGAUGAAUGACAAGAAAUAUAGAAGUUGAUGAAGAAAGGGGGGAUAAGCAACUGUCAGCGCGGGCUACCGAUGGCUGUAAGGGCGCUUGGUACCUUUGUAUGUACACGGAAGUUGCUUAACACCGUGACACAACCAAGUGCUUUCAUCACCGACAUGGACGCAAAAGAAUAUAUGAUAUCUAGCAUAUCAAUUAGUGUCCUCAAACAUCAUCCACCACCCAUUAGACGAUUAGAAUACUCCGUAGCGACAGCAUGACAGCUAAAAGAACAAUAUUCGUGGCGAACAAAUACACAAUAUACAAAACAAAAACAA